GUGGAUCUAAUGCUGAUAUGGUUGUUGCCGAAACAUACUUAAAAAAGAUAGAUGUCAAUGCCAAAAUAGAUUGGAACAUUGCAUACGAAGCCUUGAUUAAAGAUGCGGAGGUGGAUCCAUGGGAACAAGGUUUAUUCCAAGGUCGAUUAUUCCUAACCGAUUAUAAAAAAUAUGGAUAUAUUCCUUCUCCUAAUGAUCGCAAAGUUGGAUAUAUUAACUCUCCGUGUAGUAGAACUUUAGAGUAUAGUGCAAAUGAUUAUAGUAUUAGUCUUGUUGCCAAAGGAUUAGGUAAAAGAAAUGAUUAUAUAAAAUACAGAAAUCGUGCAACUAGUUGGGAAAAUCUUUGGUGUCCAGAUAUAACCUAUGAUGGAGUGGAGGGAUUCAUCCUACCGAGAUUUGUAAACGGAUCAUUCGAUAUAAAAUGGGCAUCUGGUCAAAAUUUAGUUCGUGAUGGGUAUUCAUUUUAUGAAGGUUCUUCAUGGGAAUAUAGUUUGGAUAUACCUUUUGGAGGUCCGAAACGCUUUGAAGAACGACUUGAUAUAACAUUCACCAGUAAUGCAUCCGGCAGUAAACCAUUUUUAGGAGGUUAUUUCAAUAUAGGAAAUGAACCCAGCUUUUUUCAUGCUUGUUUAUAUCAUUUUAUUGGAGUACAAUAUAAAAGCGUGGAAGUGAUUAGAGAUAUUAUGGAAACUAAAUUUGGAAUUGGACAGGAUGGGAUUCCAGGAAAUGAUGAUUCCGGUGCGAUGGGAAGUUGGUAUGCUUUUAAUGCUAUUGGGAUAUUUCCAAUAGGUGGGACCGAUAUCUAUCUAAUAAACUCCCCAUGUUUUGACAAGGUUACCAUAUACCUUUCAACAUCACCGUUAAAAACAUUUACGAUUAUAGCUCAUAAUCUAACGAACAUAAAUAUAUAUGUCCAAAAUGUUAAAAUAAAUGGUAAAGAAUGGAAAAAAACCUGGUUUAAACAUAAAGACAUUUCUAAAGGCGCAAUAAUGGAACUACAGAUGGGAUCUGAACCAAGUAAAUUUUGGGGUGUUAUUGAAGAAGGCGAAGAUCACAAAGAAAUAGAAGAUAGGGUAAUUCCUCCUAGUAUGAGUGAUUAUAAGAUUAUAUAA